ACACUAUUGAAAUUGGCACCGUCACUCGCUACCUAGGUAGUCAUCUAGUUGUCUACCUUUUAAAAGUUCAAUACUAGUCAAUUAAACUAGUACUACAAUCGCUAUGCGCAUCUCUGUCGUCGCCCUCCUGGCCCUCGCCACAGGCAUCAACGCCGUCACGAAUGGCACAUCCGGCACAGGCACAGGCACAGGCACAGGCACGAAUGGCACGUCCGGCACAGGCACGAAUGGCACUCACCCCACGACCAGCGUGCCGCUCAGCACCGGUGUGUCUAGCACGGCAGCCAUCCCACUAUCGACAGGAGCGUACUCGAACGGCACGAGCAGCGCAGUCCCUUACUCCAACGCCACGACAACCCUUACAAAUAGCAACGGCGAGCCCACCGCCACUGUAACCGGUAGCUCUGGUGGUGGUGUUGGUGGUGUUGGUGGUGUCGGUGGUGGAGGGGAGACUUCCUCUGCUGCAGCAUCCUCAACUGCUACUGCUUCGUCGAGCGGCGCGAGUCCUGUCUCGCCUUCGUCUACGGGGUUCGUUCCCUCCAGUCUGGCUUCGUUUUCGUCCGAGAUAGGCUACAUGGCUGCCAUUGCGAUGAGUGCUGUGUGGGGUGUUUUGAUUGUUAUGGCUUGACCUUCAUUUAACUAGAUGUUCAAUCAUGAAAUAGUAAUGUAUUUAAUUGAAGAAUUGUGCAUUUUUUAAGACUGGCACUUCUAUGAAACAGACUC